AUGGAAGUCGAAACAGCCUCAAAAGAUGACAUCUCCGCGGACAAAGGUUCCCAAUCCCCCCAGUCCUCGCAGCGCGAGAAUCCUGCUCCUCUGAGGGAAGCGAGCAGUUCAACCCACCUGGCGACCACGAGCCAAGACUUUGAGCCUGGCUUUUGGAAGCCGCUAAAACCGCGGAAAUUUGCCGACCCUGCACCGCUCGGUCUCUGUGCCUUUGCACUCACGACCUUCGUCUUAAGCCUCAUGAAUAUUCAUGUCCUCGGGGCCCACAAAAACAGUCUCGUGAUCGGGUUAGCCUUUGGCUAUGGUGGUAUCGUGCAGUUACUGGCAGGAAUGUGGGAAAUCUUCAUAGGUAACACCUUCGCCGCAACUGCUUUUUCAUCAUAUGGCGGAUUUUGGCUUGCCUAUGCUAUUAUCAAUAUGCCUGGUGGCUUUGGAAUUAGCGAGGUUUAUACCAACCAUAAUGACGGUGCUAUUGAAUUCAACCUUGCCGUCGGAUAUUUCCUAGCUGGCUGGUUCAUUUUUACCACACUCCUGCUGAUAUGCACCUAUCGAACCACCUUGGCUUUUUUUGCUCUGUUUUUGAAUAUAGAUAUUGUCUUCUUGUUAUUGACAAUUGCUCACUUCCUUUCACAUCCUGAUGGCUCGCUACCGCAUGCAUGGAUUGCCAGUAGUGGCUAUUUCGGGUUGGCCGCCGCUUUUCUAGCGUGGUACAAUGCAUUGGCUGCAAUCGUAGAUGAUAGCUGCUCUUCUUGCGUAGUUCCCGUGUAUCGAUUUCCAUGGGCCGAUAGAUGUCGUAGACAAAGUGCCACCGCAAUCGAGGUGGGAACUAGUAGCAUUUCAUGA